AUGGAGACACAGAGUGAAGAGUUUUCAAAAUUCAAGCUAUCAUUGGUUCAGUGGAGACCGGGGGGAAAUGGGCUUGGGAGGGGCGCAGGCCCAUGUGGGACUGUGCCGGCAACUGCAACGCCAUGUGGUUUUUGCUUUGGUGCCGGAGGGAAGGAAGAGAACGGAGCGUGCGGAGACAUCAUCGGCUUCGCUUCACCUCAAGCCUCGCAUCCAUUUCCUUCGCUCACAAGCGAAUCUUCCUCAAGUUUUAUACAUCGCAGCCCCAUUCUGCGUCAAACUCCAAGUCAAGUCUUUGUUGGAUCUGGCCGCCUCGAUAUGCAAGUAUCCCGAUGGCGAAACGUGUUUUCACUCAGGACUUACCUGAUUCCUUCACCAAAACUAGCACCGUCCCGAACCUUAGCGUUUCAUUCCACCCCUUUUUCGUGUCAGAAAUGGAAGAAUAAAUCUAACUCCAAUCAUAUCAGAUUUGUAGUGCGUGAAAAGCGCUCAGAUGCAAAGAAAGCUCUGAAAGAUCUCCUUUACAAUAGUGGGGCCUCCAAAUUUUCAUCUCAGAAGAAAGAAACAUGGAAACUUGAAGGGGAUCACGAUUGGUGUGAAGAUCAAGAAAAUUCAGGUGACCAUAAUAAUAAAGGUCAACCAAAGUCUCGUCGAAAGUUUGGAAAAUCAAAAAGGAAAACAAAAGGGAAAAUCAGAAGAGGGAGUUUCUGUGAGGACUUUGAUGAUCCUGAGACAAUCUUCUGUGCAAGAUUUGGUUAUAAAUCGUCAACCUGGUCCUUCUGUGACUGGCGGGGGUCUUCAUUUGAGAAUUCAACAUCUGGAUUUGAUCACAGGAGCUGGGCAAAUAGAAGUAGAACUAGAAAGUGGAACGGUGCUAGUGAUGCUGAGUCUUCAAGUGAUGUGGAGUCUGAUGAUGACAUCAAUUCAUGUUUUGUAGGUUUGCUUUCUGAUAGAACUAUCCUUGGUCUGCCUCCCACAGGUCCUUUAAAGAUUGAAGAUGUUAAAAAUGCCUUCCGGUUAUCAGCUUUAAAAUGGCAUCCUGAUAAGCAUCAAGGCCCUUCCCAGGUGAUGGCUGAAGAGAAAUUUAAACAGUGCGUGAAUGCGUACAAGUCGUUGUGCAGUGCAAUCUCCUCGGCGUAGUUUGGCAUGUCCUCAUUGCAAGAGAAACAGCUUAGCACUGGCCAGACGUGUGCUAAAAAUUUAUUUACUUUUUUUUUAAAAAAAAAGAUUGUAACACUUUUAACAGUUGUAUCUUUAUUAAAGAUUCGGUGUACAAAUUCAAUGUACAUUUUUAUUUUUCAUGCGAA